AUGACAAAAAUUAAUAUUGCAAUUGAUAGAUAUAUAGCUUCAGGCAAAUCAAGUAUGUGUGAAUUAUUAGCAGAAAGAUUAAAUUAUCAGUUUAUUGAUAAUGGAUUAUUUUAUCGUUACAUUGCAUUAAAUUUUUCUAAUUUAGAAGAAAUUAGAAUAAUUUCAUGGUUGUUAAAUCAACAAGAAGAAAAUAUAUUAACUCAAGUUAAUCAAAUUGAUAGCAAACAAUUAAUUUCUAAUGAAUUAUUAAUUAAGAUUGCAAAUAAUAUUAAUAUUCAACAUCCUGAUUGUGAUCGAUAUAUUCAAUAUCUUGAAGAAGGUUAUAAUUCAGAUGAAGUAUAUUUAACAAAAAUUUCAGAUACCGAAGUUAUAGAUGCUGAAGUUAUAGAUACACAUCUAACAGAAAUUUCAGAUUAUGAAAGUGAUAUAACUAUACCAACUUUUGUAAAAGAAAUAGAAGUUGCAGAUAAAUUAGAAAUUUCUGAUUGCGAAAGUGAUAUAAGUAUAUCUUUUCCUGUUGAACAAAUUAAAAAUAGUGUUGAUAGUAGUGUUGCUGAAGAGCAUGUUGAGAGUUUUAUUAAUGAAGUAUCAGUAUCUUAUUCUCCAAAAAAAUUAACGCCAAAACAAAAAGGAGACAAACUUGAACUUUUUCUUUUACAACUUUUACGAGAAAAUUCAAUCGAUUGUAAUGUAACAAGAACAGUUUAUUUUGUCAAUUCAAUAUUUACUUCUAUUGGUGAUAGUAGGAUCGACUUAUUUGGUAAUUAUAGAUCGAUGAACUACAUCAUGCAGGUUAAAAACAAAGUGGAAAAAUAUAAGGUUGAACCAAGUGAUAUUCAAGAAUUUUCUGGAGUAUUAGCAAAACAAGCAGAAGGUACUAUAGGAUUUUUUGUCACAAAUACUACUUAUUCUUUAAAUGCUCACAACGAGGCAAGUAAUUCAAAACAACAGAUUAUUCUUUGUCACAAAGAUAAUGUAAUCGAAAAAAUUAAAGCAACAAAAUUAAAAUUAGAAAAUAAAGAGUUACAAAAAAAUUCAUUUGAAUUAAAUGAUUUGGUAAUUAAAAAUCUUGAAAUCGAUUCUGAUGAAUCUACUGUAUAUUUGUUUG